AUGUGCAUAAUGUACCAGCUAGUGGAGCCGCUGACCGGCAAGACAUGGUCUCUCUCCGACUUUGACGGCCACCCGGCUCUCCUCGUCAUGUUCAUCUGCAACCAUUGCCCGUUCGUGGUUCAUAUCAAGUCGCAACUUGUUGCUCUUGGCAACGAGUACAUUUCCAAGCAUGGGCUAGCAGUGGUUGCAAUCUCGUCCAACUCGGUGCUCACCCACCCUCAGGACGGACCCGAUAAAAUGGCUGAGGAAGCCAAGCAGUUCAACUUCCCCUUUCCCUACCUCUAUGACGAGACUCAGGAGGUGGCCAAGACCUAUCACGCUGCCUGCACGCCAGACUUCUUUCUCUUCAAAAAGGACGGCCGCCGCCCCUUUGAGCUCGCAUACCACGGCCAGCUCGACGACUCCCGCCCCAACAACGGCCGCCCGGUCACCGGCAAGGACCUGCGUGCUGCUCUCGACUGCGUGCUCUCUGCACGACCGGUCCCCAGUGCGCAAAGGCCCAGCAUCGGCUGCAACAUAAAGUGGGCGCCCGGGAAUGAGCCUGACUACUUUGGAUAG